UCGCAUGUAUAUAUAGACACACGGAGUGUGGGGUGAUGUAGUAUCCAUUUCUUCCACGUCGACUACGCGCACGAUCGUCAUCCAUGAUGUUCUCAUCAUUCGUGUCUUUGUUACUAAUCAGCGCAUUGACGUGGAGUUACUGCCACGCUUCUCCCUUUAACGAACACUCAACGGUUGAUCCGUUACCACCUCAAACUGAGUCUAAAGAAGUUCUUCCAAUUAGAAAACCACGAAAAGAAGUUGAUGAAAUCAGCAGCGAAAGUACUCCAUCCAUCACGACCGGCCAAUGUAAAGCAAUUUUACCUGAUGGCCGCCUUCAGACGGUUGUCUACACCUGCGCACCAACUGGCUACAGCGCUGUCGUUCAAUACCAUAAAAUAGGCAAUCACGGUGUUCAUGACGAAGCCAAUCAAACAGCCAACACUACCACCGGUGGCGAUGCAGUUCAACAACAUUUGCAGCCCAUCACAGAAAUUCUUUUUCGGCCUACAGGCGAGUCUUCUAUGACGACGAUAGCAACGGAAAUGACGUCCACUUCAUCCAUGGCUCCUCCAGUGGAAGUCACGUCCACUUCAUCCGUGUCUCCUUCAAUGGAAGUUGCGUCUACUUCAUCCACGGCUCCUCCGGUUCCAACAAAGAGGAGAAUGAAGUUAGAAUCGAUAACUGCCAUAACACCACCACAUCGGUUACAUGGAACGCCGGACAAGAUUUCGUUGGUUCAGCUUCAGCAUUCACUCCCGUUUCUUGCGGCCAUCACGACCACCACAACAACUCCGACUGGACGGGGUCGCAAUAGUCGUGUUAGCACUGAAGCCCCCGAGCCGAGUUCAUCAACAAAAUCAACCAUAAGCGGAAGAACGAGAUGGAACGCUUCGUUUGGAGGACGAAAAGUUCAAUCAGAACUUCCUUCAUAACAAAUGUGCAAGAAUGAACACAAAAAACAAGAUGUUUGAUCUAUACAUUUGAUUGAACCUCCUUUUUUUUAACGAGUUUCGUUUAUCUCUAAUUAGCACCGUACCACACGGGUUUUUUUUAUCGUCAUGUGUUGGCUGUUCAAAAAAUUCCAUUUUCAUCUUACGUCUUUAACGAGACGCCUCACUUUUCUUGCUAUCAUAGAGUCUAACAUGAAAUGGAUUUGUUGUAUUUUCUAUAGGGUUAAUAAAUCAAAAAUAAACGU